CUCCAAUCCGUGAAAAAAACGCGUCGGGGAAAUGCAAACGCGACAGGACGGACAGCAAUUCGUUAAUACUCGCAGUCGCAGUGAUGAAAGUUCAAGUCGCGCACUGGCUCCCUCUGAUAUUUUUCCUGCUCGUCAGUGGGACACCACCACGUGUCGCUGGCAGCUGGCGGAGCGAAUAUUCCCGGCAGGAUCCGGACCCGAAAACACGGUGGGGCAAUCAGUUGCCAGAUAUGCUAGUCGCUUACUAUCGCCACCACGGCGUUCACAGCCUGAUGCUGGUCGUUUGUCACACGGACAUUGUUUUUUCCCCUCCAGCGGAUUUUCGCCUUUGGAAGCUGUGGCAGCACUUCAACCUCAACAAUUUCUAUGUGCAGGUCAACACUGAGAGCUCGCUGAGGGACCUGCAGCAUGUCGAUGCUCUGGAUGAACAUAAGGACGCUCCACCGCCAAAGAGUUUCCACGCCAACAACUCCACCCACUGGGAGACGUCCUUCCUGCUCCCCGCGCUGCCCUACAAAAUGGGCAUCCUGCUGCUGGAGUUCAGCAGCGAGUGCGCCUUAAAUCUACUACGCUGGUCUGCGGCCUCGGAACAUAAUUACUUCACCACCAACCGGUUCUGGUUGCUCCUGACCGAAGAUCCAGGCGAUAUCGAUUUACUCGAGGAUCCGGAAAUAUUCAUUCCCCCGGACAGUGAGUUGCGGGUCCUGCAAUAUGAAAACGUUGGGAACUUCUCUUGCAGUUUGAUCGAUCUGUACAAGGUAGCUGCCUGGAAGCCUUUGAAAAGGACCUUGGUUGGGCAUAACAUUCGAAAUUCGCGGCACGUCAUUCAUGCCCUGCAGCACUUUGGCUCGGCAAUAACUUAUAGACAGGAUCUGGAGGGCAUAGUAUUCAACUCGGCUAUUGUAAUUGCCUUUCCGGAUCUAUUCACUAACAUUGAAGAUUUGUCACUGCGGCAUAUUGACACUAUAUCGAAGGUUAAUCAUCGCUUGAUGCUGGAGCUGGCCAAUAGAUUGAAUAUGAGCUACAAUACCUAUCAAACAGUGAACUUCGGAUGGCGACAACCGAAUGGUUCAUUCGAUGGUCUCAUGGGACGAUUUCAACGCUAUGAACUGGACAUGGCCCAGCUGGCGAUCUUCAUGAGAAUGGAUCGUAUUGCAUUGGUCGAUUUCGUGGCUGAGACAUAUCGAGUGAGAGCUGGGAUCAUGUUCCGGCAGCCACCUCUCUCGGCAGUGGCCAAUAUAUUCGCUAUGCCAUUUGAGAACGAUGUGUGGGUGUCCAUUUUGAUGCUACUGAUCAUCACGACCGUGGUCUUGGUUCUGGAACUCUUCUUUUCGCCGCACAACCACGACAUGUCCUACAUGGAUACACUAAAUUUUGUUUGGGGUGCCAUGUGCCAGCAGGGUUUCUACGUGGAGGUGCGGAACCGAUCCGCGAGGAUCAUUGUCUUCACCACAUUUGUUGCAGCUCUCUUCUUGUUCACCUCGUUUUCGGCCAAUAUAGUGGCUCUGCUGCAAAGUCCGUCGGAUGCUAUCCAGUCAUUGUCUGAUCUGGGACAAUCGCCUCUAGAAAUCGGAGUUCAGGACACGCAAUAUAAUAAAAUAUACUUCACAGAGUCCACCGAUCCCGUAACCAAGAAUCUUUACCACAAGAAGAUCGCCUCCAAGGGUGAAAAUAUCUAUAUGCGCCCCUUGCUAGGAAUGGAGAAAAUGCGAACCGGCUUAUUUGCAUACCAGGUUGAACUCCAGGCAGGUUACCAAAUCGUCAGCGACACCUUCAGCGAGCCGGAAAAGUGCGGAUUAAUGGAACUGGAGCCUUUUCAGCUGCCCAUGCUGGCUAUUCCAACGAGGAAAAACUUUCCUUACAAGGAGCUCAUUCGACGGCAACUACGCUGGCAGCGAGAAGUAAGCUUGGUGAAUCGCGAGGAGCGGAAGUGGAUUCCUCAGAAGCCCAAAUGCGAGGGCGGAGUUGGUGGCUUUGUCUCCAUUGGCAUUACAGAGUGCCGGUAUGCUUUGGGAAUCUUUGGCUGUGGAGCUGCUGUCAGUUUUGUCCUGUUCCUUUUCGAGUUUAUCUUCAGACAUUUCAAACAAGUAUAUCGCAUAAUUAAAGGUUAUAGAGAAGUGCAGCGCUAGGCUGCAUGCGUUUAAU